AUGGCGGACCCCCUCCCCAUCGACGAAACCUCGCCGUUUCUCCAACGUUCCCCGGCACCAGCUAGAUCCCGCGAUGCCUCCCCGGCAGCGGCGGCGUCGGCAGGCAAACUCACCCUCUUCAACGGCCUCGCAAUUGUCAUCAGCCUGCAGAUCGGCUCGGGCAUCUUCAGCGUCCCCUCGCAAAUCAGCCAAUUCGUCACGGCGCCGGGCUACGGCCUGCUGGCCUGGCUCUUUGGCGGUCUCCUCGUUUGGACGGGCGCCGCCUCCUUCAUCGAGCUCGGGUUGCGCAUCCCCAACAAUGGCGGUAUCCAGGAGUACCUGCGGGCCUGCUACGGCGAAUUCGCCGGGUUCCUGUUCACGUGGGUCUGGUGCACCAUUAUUAAGCCCGCGGCGAACUCGAUGAUUGCGACGAUUUUUUCGGAUUACCUCACCGAGGCCUUCGUUGCGGACCAAGAGACGCUGCCACCUUGGAUUUCAAAGGUGGUAGCGGCGAGCUGCAUCGUGAUCAUGACCCUGGUCAACUGCCUGGGCGCGACCGCGGGUGCAAAGGCGGCCAACUUGUUUCUCUUUCUGAAGAUAGCGGCCCUGACUACCAUCAUCAUCCUCGGCUGUGGCGUCUGGGCCUUUGGCCACGGAGAGGGCGUCCCCUCGUCCGAGUAUGGGUGGUUUGGUCAGGCUCCUGAGCAGCGCCAAAUCGGACUUUGGGAGUGGCUCGGAGACUUUGGGACGGCGACGUUUGGAGCUUUGUGGUGCUAUGCAGGCUGGGAAAUGGUCGGCUUUGUCUUGGGAGAUAUGAAGAACCCAAGGAGAGAUCUGCCCCUCGUGAUCAAUGGCUCCAUGAUUGUCGUGAUCAUCGGAUUCAUGCUGAUGAAUGCAGCUCUAUACGUCUGCCUGCCCAUGAGCGUCAUGCGGACAAGCAGCACUGUUGCGGUGGAGUUCGCGAACAGGAUUCUUGGAACCUGGGCUGGGCUACUCUUCUGCGUAAUCGUGUCCAUCUCGGCAAUGGGUGCUUUGAACUCCAACGUUUUUGCGACUGCCAAGCUCGUCGUGGUUGCUGGUCAGAGGGGAUAUUUCCCUCCGAUCCUGGCGAAUCUGCAUUGCGGUCACGAAAAGGAUGAGGCUGCGUGGGUCGACGAGUAUCUGACAUCUACGCCGAGACUAGUCCGAGCACCCAUCAAGGGUUUCUUGUCAUGGACUCAAAAUCGUCGAUGGAGAAGAAACGUGCCAUUACUUCCCCUGAUGCUGAAUUGUGCCUUGUCCAUCGUGUACGUGGCCGUUGGAAGCUUCAACGGGCUCGUCACUUUUAUCGGACUGGCGGCGUACAUGAUUUUCUUCUCAUCAGCCGUCGGACUUAUCCUUCUCCGCUGGAGAGAUGGCCACAUACCGGGGGCGAAAGCUGCCGAGUACAGUACUUGGCUCGUCAAUCCUGUUAUCUUCAGCGCCAUCAGUGGCCUGUUGGUAGUCAGAGGAGUCAUCUCAGAGCCUCUGCAGGGAGGGGCCAUUCUCUUGGUCGCCUUGUUUGGCGUCGGCUUUUUCACGUUCAGGUUUGGUUUACGCGGCUUCACCCACACAGAGACUGGAUAG